CCAGACUGUACGCGCGACUAAGUGACUCCGUUUUGUGUUAAAGUGCAGUGAAUUUACAGAUGCAAGUAAAAAUUAGUGAACUUUGUGGAAAGACAUUGUCAAGAUCUUGUUUUCAAAUCAUCUCAUCAUUUCUGUAUUUAAUAUAUUGUGAAAGAUAUUUUCUCCGAGAGGAAUGACAAACAUUUCGAAACGGAAAAUAUACAUGAGGAUGUGCAUUGCCUGGAGCAGAGGCUGGAGGCAGGUGACCGUCUGCGCUUCCCUGGGCUUGGCGCUGUUCGUCGUUGUGCACCUGAUUGCGCCGCGCUGGCAGCACGAGUUGGAGUUCGCCAGCCGCACGCAUUGGCACCCGCCCUCCGAGGCACUGGAGAGGGAAGCCCAAGGCCCACGCGACUGGGAGAGGAGUGACCUCGCGAAGGCACUGAUGGACAACGUUAAGGCGGAUGAACAAGAAGAAUCUCUCGGGCCGAAGGAGAGGAACGAGAACCUGCUGCGCCGCCUUCAGGAGACGUGCAAGACGCUCAACAUCACCCUGCCCAUCACACACAACAUGCUCAGCCACAUGCACUUCGACCAUAAACGCAAACUUAUCUAUUGCUACGUGCCAAAGGUGGCGUGCACCAGCUGGAAGAGAGUCUGGAUGAAGAUGAUUGGGAAGGUCUCACCUGAAAAGGACCUGAGCCAGAUCGGCAGGUACACCGUGCACACCUCCGUCCCCAACUUGGCUUCUCAGAAGGCGAUGGUCGACGAGGCGCUCGCGACGUACAAAAAGUUCCUUUUCGUCAGACAUCCUUUCGACCGCGUCCUGUCGGCCUUCAAGGAUAAGCUCGAGAGCACCGAUAAGACUAGUGUCUACGACUUCCAUAAGGAGAUCGGAGCUAAGAUACAGAAGAAGUAUAGAAGCGAGGGGGCCUCUCCGGGGGGUCACAACACGACCUUCUCCGAAUUCAUCCGCUUCAUCUCGGAGCCCGGCCGCGGCACCUUCGAGCAGAGGAACGAGCACUGGCUGUCCGUUCACGAAAUGUGCAACCCGUGCACCAUCAAGUACGAUUUCGUAGGCAAGUACGAGAACCUCAAGGAGGACGCCAAUUACGUGCUGGACUGGAUGGGUGUCCAGGACCUGGUGAAGGCGUUCCCCGCGUCCGACCGGCCGUUCUUCGCGCGCCGCUAUGACCCCAAGUACUUCAACCAGCUCAGCCACAGUGACAAGAUGGCCUUCUUCACCAAGUACCUCGCGGAUUUUGUGGCCUUCGGUUAUGACUUUGUCUGACCCAAGAGUAUUGCGUUUGCAUUUGUACUUGUUAUAAAAAUUAGCAAAAGAAAAAAAAAAAGUGUGUGCAUACGCAUAGUUAAAUAGUGUUUAGAUACGAGAAAGAGAACUGAGUUCAGAAGAACCAUUCACUAUAUUUUGAACAGGUGUAUAUUUGUGAUACUUAUAAUGUUUCAUGGAAGGUUGUUCCUCAGUUCAGAGUUUUCUUAGGAAAACUAAAUUUCUUAGUAUCCUUAGCUCCACGUUUUGUUUUUAUUUUUCUGUGUGUGAUCUUAUAGUUUACCUUUUAUUUUAUUGAAAAUGAUAAAUUGUCUCUUGUUUGGCCAUUACUCUCGAGACAUCAAUGGAGACUAGUCAGGCCCGCA